CUCAGGCGUUUGUAUUGUGGAAUGAAGGCUGCGGAUCUGGCGCGCGUUGAAAUAACGAUUUGUUAAUUACAACAGAUUUAUUUUACGGUUACUUUGAUUAUUCAAGGUGUUAAUCUGUUGAUUUUUUUGAAAAACCCAAGCGAUUGAAAGCUUGGGUUUGUAGGAGAAAUCUGCGGGCUAGAUUGCUAAAGCUAGAGUAGCUCGAUUGGGAGGCUGCUGUCGCAAUUUUAGCUCUGCAUUUCUGAGUAAUAACAAAUGACUGUAGCACUUAGACUUCCAAGCAUGCUCAUUAACUUUCAUAUAACACUAGUCAAUCACAGCAAUAACUUAUAAAAUAAAUGUCCUGUUCGCUUGUAGUCCAGUCAUUGGCGAUGAACUCCAAACGCAAUAACGGUGAUAACGGGGCAAGCAGAAUCAACCCAGUGUCGAUAUCAACAGCAACAAACAGCUUACAAGCGAGCGCCUCCAGCCGUAAACACACUACAAUCAACUCAUCAAACAAGGGAGAGAAGGGUGAAUCCGUGCAAAACAUAACACGGGACAAAAGCAUGUCCAUCUCCACGCUCAGAAGUCGCCUCGGUCCGACCAUCCGGUCCACUCUGUCCGCUGCGGUGGACACCCUGCUGGGCGAGAUAGUGACGGUGCUGUCCGAAACCCAGCGGGAACUGUUGACCAAAGAGCAAGAGAACGAGAAACUAAAGGUUCGCCUCGAGGUCUCCGAGAGAGAGCUCAAAACGUUACAAGAUUGUCUUUGUAGCGCACAGAAAUUAAUCGAUCAACUUCAAGGUCCCUUUGGUAACCCACCCAUGCCGGGACAUCACAUCUACACCACAGCUGGACCCUUAAACUCGGGUCGGUUGACUCAUCGGAGUGCCCCCGAGGCAGAUCCACGCUGUUUUACUGGAGGUGAGCCGGAGUUGAGUGGUGCGCUGGGUGAUGCCAUACACGGCUUUGAUGCCAGGGAGGAAUUCAAGAGCUGCCACCUCUCCAUUCAGGCGGAUGGAACGGUGACGAACAGUUUUUAUGACCCUAUAGCCGUCCAUUCGUCUAACAUCUGCUCAGAUAUGAACCGAACUGGUGAGAUGGUGGAUGACAGCAGAAGGCUCUCACACACUAGAGCCCAAAACCCCUCCACAAACACUAUCUUCUCUGUUAAAGAAGAACAGGGUCUUGCUUCUGGGCAGGUGUGUGUGCGAGUAAGAGAGCCACCCACAGCAACUGAUCACACUGCACAGAAUGUGUGUGAUCUGCCAUAUGCCCAUAUGGUCGAGGAAGAAUUAAGCUCCCGUUCACACAACCACCCUUCCAAACCGACACCACCACCCACCUCCAGGCCUCACAAUGGACCCUCAUCCAGUAGUUCACCUCCACGAGGGCUUAGAUCAGCCCAGAGAGAUGCCCCUGGGUUGAGUAUGACAGCCAGGAUGAGCCCUGGGGUUGGUGGCUCAUCUCCAGAUGAGUCCACUCGACGCUCCAUCUCUGAGCUAAUGGGAGAGGCGCCUGGAGAACGCCCUCACUUGUGUUUGGAGUGCGGCAAGACAUUCCGUCUGAUCUCAAGCCUGAAAAAGCACCUGAGGAUCCACACAGGAGAAAAACCAUACCCGUGCACCGUGUGUGGGAGACGCUUCCGUGAGUCAGGAGCACUCAAGACUCACAUUCGCAUCCACACAGGUGAGAAGCCAUAUUCCUGCUCCGAAUGUGGAACGCAGUUUCGUCAUCUAGACGGCCUGCGGAAGCACCUGCGCACACACACCGGUGAAAAACCAUAUGUGUGCAGUGUAUGCGGAAAACGUCUCAGCCGGCUGCAGCAUCUAAAGCACCACCAGCGCAUACACACAGGAGAGCGGCCGUGUUGCUGCCCACUCUGUCAAAAAGCCUUUAAAGAUCCGGCCAGUCUGAAGAAACACCUCCGUGCCCAUGAAGGGGAGCCUGGAGCAGAGGAAGCUGUUGCCAUGGCUGGUCUGGCAGAGGGGGAUGGAGGCUCAAUGGAUGAUGAGGAUAUGAGGUUUGGGAUGUGGGGGGAAGAGGAAGGGAACGAAGGGGAGCCUGUUGUGGACUGUGUGUAGUCGUGGCAACACAAGGAUUUACUGAAAAGCAAACAUGCAAAACUGAACAAAGAAGGUUUUGUUUUUUGUGACAUGACUUAAGACUGUGUUGAGGGGACAAUUUUGUAAAUGUUAUUUCUCUCUUUUAAGUGUGUGAAAGUUGUCUUGUCCUGGACUAAAAAAAACACCAUCAGUGGCAUUUUUUCAACCUUUUCAUCUAGAGUCUUUAAAACAUUCAACCAAGCAACAAGCUCAUUUUUUUUUAAAUAUGGUUAUAUAACUUGUAUAACAACAUUUAUUCACUCAUGUGAAGUAUCAUGUCACAGAUUUCACAUAACAAAACAACCUGUAGAUCUUGUGAACUUUUUAUUUCUGUGUAUUCAACUUCUAGAUAAUACUGUGAUUUAGUACUAGAGCUGUAAAUGCUUCAGUGGGACUAACAGGGUAUUUUAUGAUCUGUUACUCACAAGUUCUGGGUGUUGUAAUUGGUGUAGUAAUUUUAAUGUGCCUGUUAAAGAGCUAUGACUGACAUAAAACAAACACAUUAAAGCCUUAACUAUGGAUUUAUUUCACAGACCCACACACUGAUGUGCAUACAAAUAUGUACCGGUAGAUAUUUUCAUGUAAUGAAGGCUAGCUGGGAUUUCACCUUAUUUAAUCUAUAUGUUGGGUGUUUGCAGGUUGUAAAAUUUGAAUUCGGUUUAGUCAGGGUAUUUGAGAAUGUUUAGAUGUUGUAUACAAGGUUAAAGUGAUAGUUUACUUCCCCAAAAUUAUUCUUGCAUUAACUCUCUUUUAUGAAAUCGCAGAUGUGUAUGACUUCUGCUGAACACAAACGAAGAUUUUUAGAAAAUAUUGCUUUGUAGGACAUUUCAAUGCAAGUGAAUGCUGACCAGACCUUUUAAAAAUAAAAAAAAUAAUCCAUACGACUCAAGUGGUUUAAUAUGUGUUCUGAAGCGAUGCAAUCACUUUUGGUGAAAAAAAAGAUUCACAUUUAAAUCUUUUUUUAUUUAAAUCUCCACUUUAACUUUCACUUUCAGAAUGUGAAAGUGGAGAUUUAUAGUAAAAAAAAAAAAAUGACUUCAAUGUUGAUCUGUUUCUCACCUACACCUUUCAUAUAGCUUAAAAAGACUGUUUUAACCACUGGAGUCAUAUGGAUUACUUUUAUACUGCCUUUGUGAUUUCUGAAGCUUGAAAGUUCUAUUAACUAUUCACUUGCAUUGAAUGGACCUACAGAGCUGAAAUAUUCUUCUAAAAAUCUUAAUUUGUGUUCUGCAGAAGAAAGUCAUACACAUUUGGGUUGGAAUGAGGGUGAGUAUAUGAUGAGAGAAUUUUAAUUUUGGGGUGAACUAUUCCUUUAAGACCAUCUCAUAGGGUGCUCAUCCAAAGAGUGAAGAACAUGACUGCCAGGGCCCUUUGUCAAGUCAUCUGAGUUCAGCUGACUUAACAUUUAACCUGCAUGUUUUUGGACUUGUGGGAGAAACCGGAAUACCCGGAGGAAAUGCAAACUCCACACAGAAAGGCCCAUUUGAGCAGGGACCUUCUUGCUGUGAGGUGACAGUGCUAACAACUGAGCCACCUGUCUGCGCUGAGCAAGUAUCAAAGUAAGCUUAAAAAAACUGUUCCCUCUACUGGAAGAAAGAAAAUAAUUUUUAAGUGCUUCUUGGGUUAGUUUUCCUCCAAACAUGGAGAAGUCGUUUCUGUGGUGGCCAAUGCACCAAUCUGUAAUGUGGUUUUGUGAAUUUUUUUUUUCUACCCACAGAAAAAUAUUUUUUUCCCAUGUAAAUCUUUUGAAAUGUCAUUUUGUUUAUUAAAAUGGUAUAUUCUGUACAUUAAACUGCAAUAGAA